GUAACAUAAGAGUAACGCAAGCGUAACGUAAGAGCAACGUAAGCGUAACAUUUGGUACAUCCCCACCAUUCGCGCGGUAACCUCCCCCUACUUGGUUCAUUUCCCUUUUUUUUUAUUUUUCUUAUCUUAAUUUUUGCUAGCCAUAUUUUUCCCCGUUAAGCGCAAAAUGAGUAUAGAAUUCUGCUCGCAGCACCUGUUGGCCUAUGACAACUCGAUAAUCACUUCGGAAAAUGACAUAAAAUCCAAGGCGGAAGAAAACCUGCGGCGCAUCAUCCAGUGUAUGGACGCCCUGAAGAACGGAAAGGAUGACCUUGGAGAACCCGCCUACCAGAUGACCAAAACGAACCACUUCAACCUACCGAGGUACUCCAGAAUCCCCAAAGAGAAAAAAAACACAAGGUGGGAAAUAUUUGCGAAAAAAAAAUUGAUGAAAAAGAAUAAGAGCGGAUUGAUUUACGACCAGAAUUCCAAAGGGUGGGUGAGGCGAUUUCAGAAAAAGCAAAUGAAAAUAAAUGAAGAUAAGGCAAACUUCGUUCAUGAGUACAAGCCGAGUGACAACAUAUAUGAAGAUCCUUUUGAGAGGAUGGAGGAGGAAAAGGAGAUUAAAAAAAUGAAGCAGAAGAUGCGGGAAAUGAAGAACAAAUUUCACCAGGAGGGCAUAUCCACGGAGGACAUCAAGUACAUUGCUCGCCAGAAGAAGAAGCGGGAGAACCUCAUAGACAAUUUAAAAACGGCCCAAAUCUCCUCCUCGACGUUUGGGCGAAAAGACAAACAACUGAAAAAGGAAAAAAAAAUGAAGGUGAAGAAUAACGCCAUAACGAAGCAAAAGUGCGAGAAGCGCUUAGUCAAGGACGAAAUUAAGCAAAAUAAUAAGCUGGCCUCCAUUGUUCUGAAGUCCCUAUAAGGUGUGGGGGGGACCCAUCCGGGCAGUUUUAAAAAAAUCUUUUGUUGCUUAUUCGAUUCAUUUGUGGGACUUCCCUCCUGUAUGACCCCCUUGUGAAGAACAAUUUGAGCGCAUCGCAUAUCUGCCAUUGGUAGGUAUCUCCUUCAGACGGGGUCCCAAUUUGCAAAGGCUCGCACGCAAACGCUGCAUGUGGAGAAGUCCGCGUGGUUCUAAUUAGGACGAUGCUUUUUAUUCUAUUUUGUUACUUUUUUUUAUUUUAUUUUUUUUGCCUAUUAAGAGGAAGGCCAUUCUCAUCAUUUUUAUUUGCCUAAUUUCCCCUCCAACUGAUUUUUUUUUUUUUUUGUCAUUUCUGCGCGUGUGUUGACCCCUUCCAACGCAUGCUUCUUUCACCAUCCGUGUCGCAUCAGUUGCGCGCCCAAAUAAACAGAAGUCGCGGUAGUAAUCGUUACCCGGCAAUUUAAGUUUG